AAUUUACUUAAAAAUUGAUCAAAAUUAAAACAUUGUCCGUGCAUCGUCAUAAAAAAUUGAUUGACUACUAAAGUCCUUAUUUAAUGAAAAUGAGGGUUGUGAUUGGUGUUCCCUGUUUCAUCUUAAUGUUGCUGCUUAACCCUAUUGAAUCCAUGUUCAGCAUCCUCAAGAAACUUUCAUUGAGUAAAAAGCCAAUGUCAAAAACCGAGUUGGAAAACCUGCCUAAACUUGCCGCUACUCUCUAUGUGAAGAGUCCUAGAGGAAAUGAUGUGCUAAGAUCCAUAGAACCAGGCCCGGUUUACGUGCAAAUAAUGGAGAUAGAGGAUGUAGUGUACGUCAUUGGAUAUGUCGAAGAUGCAAAACAAAAAAACAGUCUUUUGUAUCCAUUUGUUAUUCCUUCACCAAAAUCAGGAGGUCAUCAUUAUAAAAGAAUCAUAAUACGCGUAGAAGCAAACUAUGCCGAGAAUUAUAUUCCACUAGACAGAAACGAUCCUCUGAAUACUCUUUUCUCUAAUCCACACAAUCCGGAUUCCAUUCGUCUUUUCAAUGUAGACGAAAAAUCUUCACGUAGACCUCUCAAACUAUUCAAACUUAGACACUUCACUAUACCGGCCAGCCCAAGUCGGGCAUCAUCGAGUCGUGCUUUGGAAUCAGGGGAUCAGGUUGGGCACCUCCUCGAUUUGGGGGCACCCAAAAUCCUUGAUGUCAACGGAAAGCAAGUAGAAAAAUGGCGCCGACCUGAGGAAUACAUACCGAAACGAUAAAUUGCUAUAUAGCUCAUGUAAAACAUUGUUAUGUAUUUUCAUAAUUUAAAUUCUUAAAUGCUCU